AUGGCUAUCGAUCAUCCUUUUGCAAGGCAUGUGGCCAAGGACGUGGUUGCUCACAAAAAGAAGGUGUACUGUCUAGAUUGGAGCUGCAAUGGCAAGCGGCUUGCAACAGGAUCCAAUGACCAGACAGACAAGUCUGAGAAGCAUGAGAUGGAGUUCAAGCUGUCGGAGAGGCUUGUGUGCCUGUUGUGGCACCCCUCAAGCCCAGACAGCUUUGCCGCAGCGGCGUAUGAGAAGGUUAUCAGAAUAUACGACACGCGCUCGGGCAAGAGCGCAACACAGAUUUCCACCCCCGGAAAGAAUCUGUAUUUAGCAUGGAGCCCACACGAUCCAAAUCUCAUGGCCACCGGCGCUGAGAACAACACGGUCUCCUUCAUAGACCUUCGCCGCAACAAAGUGCUCAAGAGCGUGAAGAACAACCAGCUGGUGAAUGAGCUGGCCUUUACGCAGGACGGCAAGCUGUUUCUGCAGGCGACUGACUCAGGAGUAGAGAUGUACAAACUACCAGAUCAUGAGAAGCUUUCGUCGCUGAAUGGUCACACAGGCACCGUCCUCACAAUCACGCUCGACAGCCGAGACAGAUAUUUGGCGUCCGGCGGCGCAGAUGCGAUCGCAGCAGUAUGGGACCUGGAAACGUUGUCCUGUAUUCGCACCUGCACCCAGAUGGACGGGGAGAUAAAGACCCUGAGCAUCAGCCAUGACUCGCAGUACCUGGCCUAUGCCGGCGAGCAGGACAUGGUGGUCAUUGAAGCCCUCCAAGAAGGCAGGAAGCCUUGGAUGGUACCGCUGAGCAAGCCACCCAGGAUGAUAGAGUCGCUGGCCUGGAACCCCAAGUACCCUGUGCUGGCCAUCACCGGCGCCUUCAGCGAGGGGGGCUCCCACAGCUUCGGCAAUGUCACCAUCUACGCGCCCUUGUGAUGUCAGCGCCCUUGUGAAGUCAGCAACGUGAUGUCAGCGGCCUGACGUCGUUGCAGCUCAGCACGGCCCAUAGCUGAACCAUCACAGCAUGAAAAUAUUGGAGAGCGGAUCCGUAAUGGCACUCGAUUGGAGCAGUUGUUCUUUGGAGCUGACAGGCACUGAAAGGGCGUGUUGUGACCAGCCUUUGAUGCAGUCCGGUUUCUUACUACAUUAUUGGAAUGAAUGAACCACCCGUCGAACGCAAUCCUGCCCUUUCUAUUGAUAUAAUUUACUCUGUGCUAACUGUUGGGUGUGGAAACCCAAAGAACAAUUCUAGAACGAGCUUGACAUAAACAUUCUGACUUCAAUGUCCGUCUAUGAUACUUCAGUAUUGCCUGAUGUCAGGCUGUGACCUCCCCUCAUUCUGUGUAUUGGAUUGAGCUGUUG